CACUGUAUAUAACAAACAAAUGGCGUGUGUGUAUGCUACAGCAAGAAGAGCGUAGAUCCAUGGAAAAAGCACCGAUGGACAAGUUCCUACUCUCCAAAAUCCACAUAGUGCUACUAGGUGCCCUUCUCUUGCUCAUCCAAGGAAAGGGCUUUGUAGAGUCAUCCUCAUCAUCUUCGCAUCCAAACGACACGGCCACCGGCUGUAUCGCCGAUGAGAGGUCUGCGCUCAUUGGCUUCAAAGCAGGCCUCUUGGACCCUGGAAACCUCCUUUCAUCAUGGAAGGGCGAUGACUGCUGCAAAUGGGAGGGCGUUAUUUGCAGCAGCAGAAACAGCCAUGUCGUCGAGCUCGAUCUCUGGGGCUUUGGUUGUGACGACUUCCCCAGAGAUGUGAGAUGGAAGGUGCUAGGAGGAAACAUUAGCUCCUCGGUGCUUGGCCUGCGACAUCUACAGUAUCUCGACCUCAGUUGCAAUGGGUUCUAUGGGGUGCAAGUACCUGAGUUCCUGGAUUCUCUCCACAAGUUGAUGUACAUCGACCUGUCGUACUCAAGCUUCAUUGGAAGGACACCGCCGCAGCUGGGUAAUCUCUCCAACUUACGAUACUUAAAUCUCGCCUAUGCUGCUGGCACGUACUCCAAGGAUAUCACCUGGUUGUCAAAGUUAACUUCCCUUGAGUACCUGGACCUGAGCGGCACAAACCUCAGUACAAUUGUUCACUGGCUUCCGGUUGUGGCCAUGCUUCCAUCUCUGAACGUUCUUUCUCUUAGAAGUUGUGAUCUUAGAACUAGCCCUGCUUCACUUCCACUUUCAAACCUGACAUCUCUUGAAACACUUGCCCUUUACUACAAUAGCUUGCCUAGACACAUCACACCCAACUGGUUUUGGGGUUUAACUAGCCUCAAGUAUCUAGAUAUUGGAGGCAAUGGUUUCUAUGGCCAACUUCCGGACAAGAUAGGUAAUCUGACCUCCAUAGUAGAGCUUGAUUUGGGAUCAAAUUACCUUGUGGGCAUGAUACCAUCAAACCUGAAGAACCUAUGUAGCUUGGAAGAAUUUGAUGUAGGUAACAACAGCAUGAGUGGAAGCAUAACAGAGUUCUUCCUACGCUUGCCUAGUUGCUCAAGGAAUAAGUUGAAAUACAUGCAUCAACCUUCCAACAAUUUCACAAGAAUCCGACCAACCAAAUUAGAACCCUUGAGCAAUCUGAGGAACCUUUAUCUUGGUAUGAACAAGCUCACUGGUCAUGUGCCACUAUUGAUAGGAAAGUUCACAAAGAUAAUUAAAUUGGACCUGAGCGACAAUAAACUGGAGGGCUUCAUACAUGAAGGUCAUCUAUCAGGCCUAGAAAGCUUAGAGUAUUUGUGGUUGUCUAAUAAUUACUUAACCCUCACAAUGAAUUCCACAUGGGUUCCUCCUUCCAGUCUAACAAAUAUUGCACUUCGGUCAUGCCUUCUCGGGCCUAAAUUUCCAUUGUGGCUAAGAUGGCUAACACGUCUAGACAAUCUUGAUAUCUCAAACACGAGCAUAUCUGACACGGUGCCGGAUUGGUUUUGGACGUUGGCUUCCACAGUGAAAACUCUAAAUAUGCGACAUAACAAUAUUAGCGGCUAUUUACCAUCUACAAUGGAAUUUAUGAGAGCAACUGCAAUUGAUCUCAGUUCUAACCAGUUCAAUGGUCCAAUACCUAAGCUUCCCAUUAAUCUGACGGAUUUGUAUCUUAGUGGAAAUAAUUUAGUUGGGCCAUUACCAUUAGACUUUGGAGCACCGAGGCUUGUAACACUCAUUCUAUUUGACAACUCCAUCUCUGGCUCCAUUCCCUCUUCGUUGUGCAAACUGAGAUCACUACUUCUGUUGGACAUGUCCAAAAAUAAGCUAACCGGAACAAUGCCUGAUUGCUCUACAUCCAAAAAAAACAUGAAUAGUCUUAAUAUUCUUAAUCUAAGCCUCAGAAACAACAACCUCUCGGGUGGAUUCCCCUCAUUUCUCCAAUACUGCCAAAAACUCAUUUUUCUUGAUCUUUCACACAACCAUUUCUUUGGGACUUUGCCAACAUGGAUUCAGGAGAAAUUGCCAUAUUUGGCUUUCUUACGGCUGCGAUCAAAUAUGUUUUAUGGUCACAUUCCAGAGGAGCUUACAAAGCUAGUUAAUCUUCAGCAUUUGGAUCUUGCCUACAAUAACUUAACAGGGAGCAUAGCAAAAUCUAUUGUUAACUGCAAAGGGAUGAUAGCAACAAGAGAUGAUUAUGAUUAUGCAGUUUAUAGUGCUCUCGGUUAUGGAUGGUCAAUGGGCCUGAAUGAUUUCACCUAUACCGAGAAUGUCAUGGUAGUCACAAAGGGUCAAGAGAGAUUAUAUACAGGAGAGAUCAUGUAUAUGGUGAAUCUUGAUUUAUCCUGUAAUAACAUUAGUGGUGACAUUCCAGAAGAAAUAGGCACUCUUGUCGAAUUGAAGAACCUGAAUUUAUCAUGGAACACAUUCAGUGGAAAAAUUCCAGAGAACAUUGGUGCCUUGGUGCAAGUUGAGUCACUCGACCUAUCCAACAAUGAGUUGUCUGGUGAAAUCCCUCCAAGCUUAUCAGCUCUUAUGUCAUUAAGUUGGUUGAACCUGUCCUAUAACAACCUGACGGGAGAGGUACCAUCUGGAGAUCAACUUCAAACACUCAAGGAUCCAGAAUAUAUUUACAUUGGUAACUCAGGCCUUUGUGGACCUCCUCUCUCAAAGAAUUGUUCACAACCCAAGCGAAGUACAGCUACUCGAGAACACCAUGACGACGUAACCAAUGAGGUUUCAUUUUUCUUUGCUAUGGGUUCUGGAUACGUAAUGGGCAUCUGGGUAGUCUUCUGCAUCUUCUUGUUCAAGAGGAAAUGGAGAGUUAAUUGGUACUCGGUCUGUGACAGCUUGUAUGAUUGGGUCUAUGUACAAGUGGCCGUUACCUGGUCUUCUUGGACAAAAGAAAAAACUGCAGAAGCCGAGACCGAUUGCUAGAUACCUCUGGUUCUCUGUUUGGUACUAUGCAGAGUAUGGGGAUUUUACCAUGUAUCAAUGAUGUGUAAGUAUUGUACUAGUACAGUUCAGAUAUACAUGUUUGAAGAUUGUGCCGUAUAAACCAAGGUUUGGGUAUGUAAAGUUGAUAUCUAAUGAAAAUAGUGCCAGGGGCAGCAACAAAUCCCCUGUUUCGGGGGUGUGUGUGUGUCAAUGCCUGAAUUAACCGAUGCCCAGAGUUAUAAGUUGAACGCCCACAGCCACGCACAAAGCAAAGCUCUAUUCUUUCACAUUGGGCGCCAACACAGUUUCUUCACAUGUGAAACAAUAUAGAGGGUUCAGACUUUUCAGUAGAGAAACAUUAUACAUGGUUCAGACAAACAAACUUGCCAAAUCUCAUUCUAAGCUCUGAAUCCAGUUCAUCAUGUUUAUUCAGAAGAGGAACAGGUAAGCCUACUAGUUAGCUCUUUACUUGGGGUCGUCGACCGUCGUAGAAGAGGUGGAAACAGUUUCUUCACUAGAGUAACAAUGUACAGGUUUAACACUAUUCACCGGAGAAAUAUUAUACAUGGUUCAAACUUCUUCAAGUAGUUUACCUUGAAUUAUGGAUGUUACUAAAGUACUCAUUGUAGUAGUACUCUUCACAGAUGUGUUCUUUGAGGAUUAUGUUGUGGAGUGAGGUUUGAGUAUGUAAUGUCGUUGUAUAAUGAGUAAUGCCAGGGGGCUGUAAGGAGUCCCCUGUUUCGGGUGUGUGUGUCAAGGCCUAAAUUAACUGGUGUUGAGCAAUUCAUCAGGUGUGCUCAGACAGGAGUAGGAUUUAUGACAGCCAGAGUUUAUGACAGGGUAGGAUAGGUGUGUUCUUCAGGCCUUGCAAAGGGUGUGAAACACGAGUGACCUUACAGGGCAGGAUUUUACUACGCCGACUCUAUACUUGUUCACUUGAGAAACACUUUACAGGUUUCAAACUUCGGACAAACCAAUUUGCCUGGAUGCAAACGUGUCAUGUCUGUUCAGGUAGGCAUAGAAUUACCCACAGACAUAAUCAAGUUUGUGCAAAUUUCAAACACGAUUACGUAAGUGAUACUCUCUCUGUAAAGAAAUAUUAGUGAUCUAAACGAUCUUAUAUUUAUUUACAGAGGGAGCAGAUACUAUUAACAAUGUUAUCACAAUAUUCCCAUGUA